AUGUCAAAACUCGUUGAAGAUGUCAAGUCCGGCCUCAAGGGCAUCCGUGGAGCCGGCGACGCCCUCAGAGGAGGAGUCCUCGACGCAACAGACCAAGCCUUCGACACCGACCCCAACCACCCUGAGACCCUCAAGUCGCGGACCGACAACAAGAUUAUCGCUGAGAAGGGAAAGCAGGAUAUGAAGGGCGUGGAUAACAUGAUUGCCCGAAGGGAGCAUGAGCACAAGGGUGUUAAUCCUCCUGCGCAUGUGGGACACAGAGAGAAAGAGACGCUUGAGCAGGAUAGACCGAAUGAGAGUCUUAACAGGGAGCCUGGUACUGUUCUUCCUGGCGAGACGUCGCAUUACGGAACGGGGAGGACUGCGGAGGAUGUUGCGCCGCCGCCGGGAAGUCAUUUGCCCAAGUGA